CGCAAUAGCUGUUAACAACACAGUCACAUGACUACUAAUCAGCUGAUGUCUUUUCGCACUAGAAUAUCAUGAAGAUCACGACAUCGGUAACACAUCUGUCAUCCUCAAGGUAUAAUAAAAAUAGUGCAAUAUCUUUUCUUGAUUAUUAGAGAUAUCUGUUUGCCGUCACGUCAUCCAGACGGAAUUGAAGUACAGAAGACGGUUUCGAGCCAAAAAACAAGAUGUCAGGAAAAGAGAGGAUCGACGUAUUCCCCUCUAGAAUGGCUCAGACCAUCAUGAAGGCCCGUCUGAAGGGGGCCCAGACCGGCAGGAACCUACUGAAGAAGAAGGCUGAUGCUCUCUCCAUGCGCUUCCGUCAGAUCCUCCGCAAGAUCAUUGAGACAAAGACCUUGAUGGGCGAAGUGAUGAGGGAGGCGGCCUUCUCUUUAGCUGAGGCGAAAUUCGCUGCUGGGGACUUCAGCACUACUGUCAUCCAGAAUGUUAACAAGGCCAAGGUGAAGGUUCGGGCAAAGAAGGACAACGUGGCAGGUGUCACUCUACCUGUGUUUGAGCUCUACCAAGAAGGAGGGGACAGUUAUGAGCUGACCGGUCUGGCCAGGGGAGGAGAGCAGCUCUCCAGGCUGAAGAGGAACUAUGCUAAAGCAGUGGAGCUGCUCGUGGAGUUGGCCUCCUUACAGACUUCCUUCGUCACACUGGAUCAAGCCAUCAAGAUCACCAACCGCCGUGUGAAUGCCAUCGAGCAUGUAAUCAUCCCCCGCAUUGAGCGUACCCUCAGCUAUAUCAUCACAGAGCUGGAUGAGAGGGAACGAGAAGAGUUCUACAGGCUGAAGAAGAUCCAGGAGAAGAAGAAGCAGAUGAGGGAGAGGACUGAGAAGGAGAUCGCCAUCCGUCUGGCCAAGCUGGGCCCCAUCGCCGAGCCGUCCAACAUGCUGACGGAGGAAACCGACGAGGACCUGCUGUUUGAGUGACAUGCCGUCAACCCCAUUAGUCAUCCUAUUUAUUCAUGUUGUCUUUGUGUACACCGGUGAUGUUGACGUUUUCAGUAUUGGAGAUGUCCCAGAUGUAUCCCUGUUUUAAACUAUGAGGUUUAAACUUUAAAGUCAGAACUUUGCUCACAUCAGUUCACUAGUGCAUUGACGUUGUUAAAUCUGACAUUCGUUAUCUUUUGGAUACUUAAAGCAGCAAAUAAUAUAUAGAUUAAGUAAAGUAACAUGGUUUACAUAUGUGACCUGUAUUCCACAUUCCAUCUGAUUGGGUGAGGACAUAGAUAGUUUACGGUUUCACCAGAACACUCAAGUCAAUGCAUGCCGUCGUUCCUUUUCCCCCGAAGUGUCUGCUUUGUGGAGGCUAGUCCCGUCCAUGUGGGGUUAUACUAAACAGACUUACAUUCUAUGGCAUUGACCCUUUACAGGAGGAUGGCUAACAAGUAGGUACUUGAUCCCCCUGUAACCAUCUGCUGUUGCACCCUGAGGACAACCCCACCUGUGUCAGAGCACUUCAUCCAAAUAAAGAUUCUGUAUAUUC